CAAUCGUUAAUGAAUGCCUGGAGAGGAAGCAUCCGUUCCAAAAUAAUUCUACUCCAGCUCACAUCACGCAAGGUAUAGAAAUAGAUUUGUAUUUUAGUGCCUUCUCCAAGUCAUUAUUAAAUCAAGAAAAAAGGGACGAAAUGGCUGAAGACAAGAAAGUACUGGCUCAAACUGUCUACCUGGAGGCAAGAGGUGAAAGCGAGAAAGGUUGGAAAUGGGUGGCUUGGGUUAUCAAAACCAGAGCUGCACUAGGUGCCAAUGGAGUUACAUACUGGGGAAAAACGGUACAAACUGUUUGUGUGAAGGGUCAGUUUGAGUGCUAUGAUGCAGGAAAAGAUACAACCAUUAAGGACAACGAACUUUACAAGAAGAUCAAAGCCGUGACCGACGCUGUUUACGAUGCAGAAUUUAGCACUGACCCGACGAGGAAAGCGGAUCAAAAUCGUGGCGCAGAUCACUACCAUAAUCCAAACACACAAGGUGAAUGGAAAAAAUCAGAGGGGUGGAGGGCCAAUUGCGAUAAGGUGGCCACCAUUGGGAACCAUGUUUUCUACCGAUCCAAAAACCUCUAUGACGGCAGUGGGAAGGAAAUUACAUCCACUUGAAUUAAUUAUCAGCUCUGACUCGGGCUAUGUGAAGCUAUGCUUAUAUAUUACAUAAUAAAACCAAUUAGACAAAAUGGGAAACAACUGGCCUUACGUAAGAAAUUCUUAGGCGCUACUAAAUAUUGAUAUGGCUUGGUUUAACCAAGCCAAUUGAAUUAAUUCUAGCAUCCCUGCCAGCUCUUAUAUAAUACUAGUACUUCAAGCCCGUUAUAACGGGCCUAGAACUUGAACUAUAUCCCGAGCAUCACUUAUAAUAAAU